AUGCAAAGCCACGAAUUCUCGGCCGUCGUCGAUCAUUGGACAGUAAUUUUAUCCAUCAAAUAUGCUGCCCACAGCCCAUCAGUCUGGUGUCCAAGCGUUGACGUAGGCUGGCAUCUCUCUACACACUGCCAAUGCUAUGUCAGUUCUAAAUUGAGACUGGGCAGUUCGCGGAAAGGAGACUGGCUUCCGGGAUUCCUAUUCGAGUGGAGAACGGUCUUUCCUCGUUCAUUUUCAUCUCGUGGCCUUGAUAUCUUGAACUUAGCCGAACCAUUUACGAACAGUACUUACCACAAUGGUCGAACAGAGAUUAUCAAUGCCUCGAUUUCCACCCCACAUUCCAAUAAACAUCACUGUCAGAUUUCACAGACGGGCCGACCUAUCCGACCCAAACUUUCGAGCAAAAGGCGGGACGAAUGCCAUGGAUGUCCCGGGCAGACGGAGGUUGUCUGA